GUUGCCUCGAACUGUUUAUGGGGUGAAACGGGGAUGGCCAGGACCCUUGACCCCUGCACGAGGGUACCGAUGCUUUGACGUUCUAGUCGACCGUCUAAUCCACCAGACGAACUGCGAGCCCUGAAAAGACAAUCCAAACUCUCCCUCGCCGCCAAACUUGAUUUUUUUUUAACCUGCCAGCCGUCCUUACGUGCACUGUUUAACCGCCACCUCAAUGCAAUAAUCGGCCUCCUCCGCCAUUCCCCACACGCUAAUCGUCGACGGACAGGCCACGUUGGACCGCGGCGCAACAGUCGUCUCCUGGCCAUGCCAACAUGUCAAAAGCGUCGACGCCCUCACUGCCCCGCUACGAUGCCUCGAACCCAUAUUCCAAGUCCUCUCGCCCUUCAUCGCCAAUGCUGCAACCACCAGAGCCCCAUAAGCGCAGCCCGACACCCUCAUCAGUAACAGCCACGUACUCGCUCUUGUCCGCACAAGAAACCGCGCAAAAACUCUCCACCUCCGUCACACAUGGCCUUUCUGCUGCAGACGCCUCGGCACGCAUACACCUCCAUGGCCUCAACGAACUCCCGCACGAAGAGCCCGAGCCGCUGUGGCUACGGUUCCUCAAGCAGUUCAAGGAGACCCUCAUCCUGCUGUUGCUAGGGUCUGCUGCUGUGUCGUUUAUCAUGGGCAAUUUGGAAGACGCGCUGAGCAUAACCGUAGCAGUGACCAUUGUCGUCACUGUAGGCUUUGUACAGGAGUACCGGUCGGAAAAGUCAAUCGAAGCUCUCAACUCGCUCGUUCCACAUUCUGCACAUAUCAUACGCGCUGGGGCCGAGCCAUCACGGGGCGGCCGCACACCCAAUGGCACAACAGCCGACGGCAUCGAACUGGACAACCUCAAGGAUACUACAGCUUCGCUCUCCGCAGCCGAGAGAAAGUCCACGACAAUCUCCGCGACAUUGCUAGUACCAGGCGAUCUGGUUCUGUUCCACACGGGCGACCGCAUACCUGCCGACAUUCGCAUCACGCACGCUGCCGACCUUAGCAUCGACGAAUCCAAUCUCACGGGAGAGAAUGAGCCCGUCUCCAAGUCGCCUGAUACUAUUGCACCCCCAACAGGGGCCCAACGAUCGCCCUCACCCUUUUACGCAUCUGAAGCCUCUGGAACCGUUGGCGCAGACAUCAGGCUUAACGAUCAGAAAAACAUUGCAUUCAUGGGUACUCUGGUCAGAUCUGGGUACGGACAAGGAAUCGUUAUUGGUACUGGAGGCAACACGGAAUUUGGCGCCAUCUCUGCAUCCUUGGGAGAAAUUGAAAGCCCUAGGACUCCUCUGCAACUUUCCAUGGACCGACUCGGAAAGGAGCUGAGUUACAUGUCAUUUGGUGUUAUUGCAUUCAUUGGUUUAGUAGGAUUGUGGCGGGGGUGGAAGUUUCUCGAGGUCUUUCAGAUUGCUGUUUCGCUUGCCGUUGCUGCCAUACCUGAAGGACUGCCAAUUAUUGUUACGGUUACGCUUGCUUUGGGUGUGCUAAGGAUGUCCAAGCGCGACGCCAUUGUCCGGCGGCUGCCCAGUGUAGAGACACUGGCCUCGGUUAAUGUCGUCUGUACUGACAAGACGGGCACGCUGACAACUAACCACAUGACUGUCACAAAAAUAUGGCAUUUUGGCGAGGCUACUCCAACAGAUGUGAAGCUCAAGCACGAGUCUACGGAUCUCGACUCUCCCACUCGUAACAUUCUGCGGAUCGGAAAUAUAGUCAAUAACGCCCGUCUGUUGAGCGACCACGCUGGAUCAGCUUCCACAGCAGCAGUUCUUUCAUCAACUCUGGGCGAUGAUAGUGCCUCGGCCAAGAGUAGAUGGGUCGGUCAGCCUACUGAUGUUGCCCUCCUUGACCUGAUUGAUGCUUUCGGCGAAGACGACGUGCGGGAAAGGCUUGGUGAACGCAAGUUCGAAACUCCAUUCAGCUCAGAGAGAAAGUGGAUGGGUGUUGUCGUUGGCAGCACUUCUGGUAGCCACACUCCCGGUUCCGAACACAGCUAUAUCAAGGGUGCAUUGGAAAGGAUUCUCGAUCGCUGCGAUACAUACGUUACUGCACAGGGCAAAGAAGUAGCAUUGGACCAAGCACACAAACAGGAAGCGAUCAAGGCCGCAGAAUCUAUGGCUCAAGAGGGCCUGCGAGUGCUCGGCUUCGCAAGUGGUGUGUCCAAGGCAAAGAAGAGAAAUACUAGUGGCACCGCCUCUCCAGCACCAACUGCACACUCGGCUCUUGGUGAUGAUGAGCACUAUCGUAGUCUCACGUUUGCGGGACUUGUAGGCAUGAACGAUCCUCCACGCAAGGGUGUCGAAAGAGCCAUCCGGCGUCUAAUGGCUGGCAAGGUUAAGGUAAUUAUGAUUACCGGCGAUGCAGAGACUACUGCAGUUGCCAUUGGAAAGAGUCUGGGGAUGCCAAUUACUGAAAACUCUGCGCUUGGACGCUCCGUCAUCUGUGGAGACGAGGUAGACCAGAUGAGUGAGGAAGAGCUUGCGCAGGCCAUGGCAACGACGUCAAUUUUUGCACGCACGAGUCCGGACCACAAGAUGAAGAUUGUUCGAGCGCUCCAGUCGCGAGGCGAUGUAGUUGCAAUGACUGGCGAUGGAGUCAACGACGCACCGGCACUUAAGAAGGCAGAUAUUGGCAUCUCGAUGGGCCGGCUGGGAACAGAUGUUGCUAAAGAAGCCGCAGACAUGAUUCUAACCGACGACAACUUUGCCACGAUUCUCAACGCCAUCGAAGAAGGAAAGGGCAUCUUCUACAACAUCCAAAACUUCCUUACCUUUCAACUUAGCACCAGUGCGGCAGCGCUGAGUCUAGUACUCCUGAGUACCUUUCUCGGUUUCCAGAAUCCGCUCAACGCCAUGCAGAUUCUGUGGAUCAACAUUCUUAUGGACGGCCCACCCGCCCAAUCCCUCGGUGUCGAACCCGUCGACCCAGCCGUCAUGGCACUCCCGCCUCGCCCCCGUCAAGCCCGCGUCCUAACACGCCCUCUAAUCCAACGUGUCCUCCAAUCCGCCUCCAUCAUCAUGCUCGGCACCCUCACGACCUACUACCUCGAAAUGUCCGACGAUAACAUGGUCACGGCGCGUGACACCACCAUGACCUUCACCUGCUUCGUCCUCUUCGACAUGUUCAACGCCCUAACCUGCCGCUCAUCCCGCAAAUCCGUUCUCGCAGGUGAAAUCGGCGUAUUUGAUAAUAAAAUGUUCAACUAUGCUGUUGCGGGCAGUCUGCUCGGUCAACUGGCGGUUAUCUAUUUCCCACCACUGCAACGCGUAUUUCAGACUGAGGCGUUGGAUCUUGCCGACCUGGCCCAUUUGGUGGCGGUGGCGAGUUGCGUGUUUUGGGCUGAUGAGGGGAGGAAGUGGUAUUUACGCUGGAAAGGGAGGAGGGGGUAUGGGGCGGGUUAUAGUACUGCUGUAUGAUCUUGGAGGUCUUGCCAUGUUUAUUAGAGUAGAACACGGUGAUUGGGUGAGGUUUCGUUUUAUUUUUUUUAAAAUAUUCUUGUUUGAGGUUUUCUUAGAGUAAAUAAAAUGCAUAGCGUGAGUUUGUGGUUGGGUUGUACAUAUAUGUAUUCUGCGUAGUUUACUUGAUAUAUUUAUGGAAAAAGGUGUUUGUAAAGAAGUCAUGAA